ACCCAUAACCCCUCCCUAGUUACUCCAGUAGUUCGGGGUUUACUGGAAAUGGAAAGUAAUAUGACCACUUUUUGCCCGGCCCUGUCCCACUGUAUGCGGCUGGCGAACAGCUGUUCGGUGGUUUCUCGGUUUGUAUAUACGAUUCUGGUCUGUUUUCCUUAUGAUUGGGCUUAAAAAAGCAGUCGCAGCGAAUCGCCGCAGGUCUCUGAAAAAUAAAUCGCCCUUGGAUGGCUCAGUGCUAAUUUUCCGAACACCAAGUUUUGAUUAUGAAUAUUGAAGCCUUUCCUGGUUGAAAGUGCCGGAUCACAAAGUGGGAAACAUUUUAAUUUGACGACAUCCAGCCUGUUGUGGUGCCAGUUGCGUGAAAAGUUUUCUCCCCCUUACGCCGAUCUAUCAGAGACUGUGCCAGCAAUAUGCGUGUCCGGAAAACUCCCAGAAUCCCAGGUCUGCGCCCUAGUCCCGUAGUAGAACUUCCGUAGCUUGUGAUCCACUCCGCCGUCUGAAAAAGACACGAAAGUCACUAUGAGCCUGUGGAGCAACCUUCGCCACUUAGAGAGCCGGAAUCUGUACCUGGCUGUGAGCCAGCGGGAGCACCAACUGGUGGCUGGCCACCUGCCCUCGGCCAUCUUCCGGCAGCGCCUGAGUACGGCGGAAAACCUCUACCAGCGAAACCUCACUGGCCACUAUGGCUGCGUCAACGCCCUGGAAUUCAGCGAGGGCGGCCAGUUGCUGGCGUCGGGGGGCGACGAUAAGCGCGUUCUCCUGUGGAACGUUGACCAGGAGGUGGUGUCCGAGUUGGGUAACCCGCGCUCCAUGAACGAAAAGCAUGCCAGCAACAUUUUCUGUCUGGGAUUCGACACUCACAACUCCUACAUCUUCUCCGGAGGGAACGACGACCUGGUUAUCCAGCACGACCUGACCACCGGAAAGAUCCUGAACUUCUUCUCACACGAUGGACCCGUCUACGGUCUUAGUGUGGACAGGACCAGUUCGAACCUCUUCAGCGUGGCCACGGAGCACGGAGAGAUCCUGGUGUACGACAUAAGAGCGGGUAAAUCCGAUCCCCAGACCGUAGUCAAGUUCAGGACGCCUUUCAACGCUGUGGAGUUUCACCCGCUCAACGGAAACUUCCUAGCCACCGCGAACGCCAAGAGGGGAGCCAUGCUGUGGGACUUGAGGCACCACCAGCAAGCCCUCUGCCAGUUCAACUACAUCCCGGAGUCGCCUAGCUGCAUGAGCGUGCGCUUCAACUGCAAUGGAUCCUUGCUGCUGACCCUGCACAGAAGGCUACCGCCCAUUCUGUACAGCCCAGGGUCCCCAGAGCCGGUGGCCACCUUCUACCACGACGAGUACUUCAACUCCUGCACCAUGAAGAGCUGCACCUUUGCCGGGCCCCAGGAUGAGUUGGUUGUCUCCGGAUCCGAUAAUUUCAACAUGUUUGUUUGGCGACUGGACGGAGUGGAAUUGAACGAGAGAAACCAGUGGGUGGACACGCCCCCAGUAAUUCUUGCCGGACACCGCUCAAUCGUCAACCAGGUGCGAUACAAUCGGCAGCGGUGCUUGCUGGCUUCGUCCGGAGUGGAGAAGAUUAUCAAGCUCUGGAGCCCGUUUGCACAGGCCGGUUGGGAGGGGUCCCUGGCCCAAGGCGACACCGUAUCCUACUGCACCCGUACUUUGCACCGGAACUCUUCGGACCACGUCUCACAGGACUUCAGUGCUCGCAACACGGAGGAGGACCAGGUGAUGCUAGCUUUCUUCGACACUUUGGUGCAACGUGAGCUGGAGUCCUGGAGCACUUUGGACAACCAGAGCUCUUCCGCUACCAGCAGCAGUACCACCACAGACGACACCUCCACGGAACAAAGUGAGGCCGCCACCUCAGCUACCGAGGAAGAGCCGGAGCAGUUGGUCCAAAGCGAUCAGGAGCAGGACCAGAAUCCGGGACAGAACUGGCAGGGCAAUGGGCACGACACUCCCAAUGUCAGCGAGAUGAGUUGGCAGACCCAUCCGAACCGUAUUUUCUACCUGAUCGCCAAGAAGCGGAAGGCCCUGCUCCAGCUGGCGGUCAGCAGCACCACCGGACAGCCGCGGCGGAUGGAUCAGCUUCUCCAGCGUCUUCUCGGCGAGCAGAAGCAGGCGGCCACGCAGGCAAGGAUUAGUGAAUGGCUGGAGGAGACCCACCGCCUCUUCGGGGACGACGAGAUGCCCACCACGUCGGCAGAGGCGGCCGCUCGAGAACGGAGGCGACGCCUUUCCGAUCACAGGCCUCCCGAUCCAAAAUCAGCAGAUCCUGUGGAACAUUACGGACGCAAGCGAAAACUGAUGCAUCGGAAUUUUGAGGCCACAAAACAGAGGCACACAGAUUUAAGACACAACCCCUGCGUUUCGGAAAACGAGGAGGACUCGGAGCAGGAUGAAUCCGAGGAAGAGGAGCCGGAUAGCAACAACAUCCAUGACGACACUUCCAGCACCGCUUCUAUGACCUCUAUGGAGGCGCAACUGUCCCAGGCACCUAGCACUUCCAGCUCGUAUCCCUUCCAGCACGGAACGGACACAGAAACCAACAACAACAGCCAACUGACUUCCAACCACAAUCACAAGACCGUCAAUGGCUUGAUUCCGGAUGUCUGCAGCACGGAAUCCACUGCGUCUACAUCUUCGUCCAUGUAGAAGCAAUUGUCCACAGUGUGCAUCUACAUACAUAUGCUAGCAAUUAAAUAUUAGUCCUAAAUAUGGAAAGAUAUUUCGAACCGAAAUAGCAGAUCCCUCUCUAAACUGUCAGAUCCUUUCAAGAGUGGCGUUUUGUAAAGUUUUUUUAUAUCUACCGAAGUAAUUGUGGUGAUUUAUGAAUUGCAUUUACAGAAAGUUGUGGAAGCUACACUUCAAAAGUGCUCGAUGGAGUUUUACGAAAAAGUCCUAAAUCAAAUGUAAUUUUAAUAUUUAUUUUUGCAGAAACUGUCAGCCGACAAUAUUUUUUUUUAAUAUUUGUAACUGGGGACUUGUAGAAAAAACAAGUUCCAACUGCAGUAAUUAAACCCGUAGAAAGUUAAUUAAUUCUAGAGAAUAAGUUUACCCUUGUAGAUUAAGUUAACAAAAUAUAUAUUACUUUUUGUUGCUCUUCAUUUAUUGAUUGGACGCGUAAUUUCUACAAUAAGUUAUGAAUAUAUUAAAUAAUCGCCUUUAAACACUA